AUGGCCGAAUUUGGACUACGGGAAGAAGACCUUCGUGACUUACCCACAGAACCAGUACCGGUGAAGCCUACUUCGUAUGCUACUCAUCAAAGUCGGCACCUGUAUGCUUUGACGGACGUUUAUCACAAGGCUAUCCAGGUUCAUGGAAGUCCUGCAGCACUUGAUGCACACCGUCGCCCGUUGAUUGCUAUGCGAAAGGAAUUAACAGAUGCUGAACGUAUGCGUAUGCGCAUGAGGGUGGAAACAACUACGUCUACUAGUAAAGGUGCUGAUCGAGUAGUAGCUAUCGCAUUCACUCUCAACGUGUGUGACGCUGCUUUCAAGUAUACGGCUGCAUAUCUUACGGGCUCUAAGUCGUUAUUUGCUGAAGCGAUUCAUAGCACAAUGGACACUUGUAAUCAAAUGAUUUUGCUGAUGGGAAUACGGUACUCGGCGAGGAAUCCUGACAAUCUCUUCCCAUAUGGAUACGGUAAGGACGUUAAGUUUCUGGAUUUAAGCUACCGAAUGGGGUGCCGCGCAAGAAGAUCCCAAAGACAAGGCUGUUUGCUUUCUCCAGAUGUUGGCUCGGGCGUAACCAUUUUGCCACUGACCGUUUGA